AUGUCUGACGUACCCAUGGAUGAACAAGAGUAUGACUUGGAAAAGAUAAAGAUGUUACCUGGAGCAUCAGAGAAUGGUACUGCCGCUUCAUUUCAGAUAGUAGAUGAAGACCACACACUUGGUAAUGCAUUAAGAUAUAUGAUCAUGAAAAACCCAGAGGUCGAAUUUUGUGGUUAUAGCAUUCCUCAUCCAUCUGAAAACAAACUAAAUGUUAGGAUCCAGACUUACGGUAACAUCACGGCAGUUGAGGCUUUACAUCAAGGUUUAGAUAGCUUAUCUGAGAUGUGUACUGUGAUUGAAGAGAAGUUUAGUGAGAAGAUUGAAGCAGGAGGUUAUGGUACAGUCGAGCCAUGA